GCAAGUCAGAGACAGACAGACAACAGCAGCAGAGGACAUUGGAAGGGUGUAGUUGGAUAUCUGGACUUCCUCAAGUAGAAUGAUGACUCCUCUGCCUACAAGCAUCCCUACUACCUUCAGCCCUGUGGCCACACAUGGAGACCAAAACAACACAAAUAUCGCUCAUUGUCCUGAAGAAGACGUGGAAUGGACCUUUAUUGUGCUGCCUGUCUAUAGCCUGGUCAUCGCUGUGUUGGGAAUCAUCUUUAAUGUGUUUGUCCUGAUGGUAUUCUGUCUCCACAAGAAGGCAUGCACCGUGGCUGAGAUCUACUUAAGCAACUUGGCUGCUGCUGACCUUGUCCUGGUCUCCUGUUUGCCUUUCUGGGCUGUGUAUGCAGCCAAAAAAUUCAACUGGCCUUUUGGUGGUUCCCUGUGUCGACUGGUCAAUCUCUCAAUCAGCAUGAACGUCUACUGCAGCAUCUACUUCCUGGUUCUGGUCAGCAUAGAUCGUUACAUGGCACUGGUGCACCCGCUGUCUCAUGAAAGACUGCGUAGGCCAAAGUCUGCCAAACUGGGUUGUCUGCUGGUGUGGGCUUUGGGCUUGCUCCUGAGUGUCCCCACACUCAUCUACAGAGAAGUGAAAUAUUUCUCUGGCAUCAACGCCACACUAUGCUAUCUUAAUUACCCAAAUACCACUGUAAUGCUGCUGUGUGAGGGGAUGCUGACCAUGUUUAUCAUCGUCAUCCCCAUUCCUAUCAUCUCCUUCUGCACUUUCAAGGUUAUUAAAGUGCUGAACAACCGGUUAAUGAAGGCAUCAAACACUAAGAAAAAAGAGCAGAAAGCCACCACUCUUGUCCUGGCUGUCCUCAUAGCAUUCCUGAUCUGUUGGGUGCCACUACACCUGGUGAAGAUAAUAGAGUUGCUUAUGAGAGCUGAACUCUUGGUAGGGUGUACCCUUGGUACCAUUGUAGAAACUUGCAGACAGAUCUUAACUUACUUAGCCUACUUCAACAGUGUUCUCAACCCCAUCCUCUACGUUAUUCUAGGAACUCUUUUCAGGAAAAGAGUUAAGGAACUCUUCAAGCAGUGGAGCUGGAAGAGAACAGUGACCCUCAGCCUCGCCUCCACACACACAUCUUUAUAGAAGUGUUAAAGCUGCAGAUGUCUCAGGAAUAGCUGUAAGAUUGUGAUCCUCUAAUACAUUAGGGUUUUUUUUUUCAAUGAUUUCUGUUCUGGUCUGACGUUUUUUUAUGUUGGUGUAAUCAGAAUAUAUAAGUUCUAUUUAGCGUUCAAAUCGUAGUUCACAAAACAGUGAAGUCAAGGCAGUGGCAUGUUUAUUUGGUUUAUUUAUUUAUUUGGUAUUUUAGGUGCAUGAUAUACCUACUGAGGGGUUGCACAUUGUUAUGGCCAGGUUUUAGCUCCCUCUUUCAUUAUUUGCUCCUGGUGGACCAUGAUCCAGGGCUUUAGCUAAGAGGAGGUGGAGGUUUGGUCUCCAGUGACACAAAGGCUAAAGCACUGGUGUAUGCUGUCACAUUAUACUUCUUACUCUGCUCUUAUCUGUUCUCAGUCUUAAACCCUCCUUCACACAUUCACAUAUCAUGUUUUGGAUGGGAAGAUCUGGUCUCACACUUUCAAAUUCACUUUUAUUCACUUUUAUAUCAGUGUGUCUGACCAGCACUUAAGGAUGAAACUUAGACAGAAGGAGAACAAAACAUUAACACUGGCGAUGUGUUAACAGACCAGAGGAAAUUAAGGGUGUGGUCAUUUUAAUGCAAUGGAUUUGAUUUCUCUCUCUCUUGUGACAUCCUGUUGACAUGUUGUACCACUUCUGGUGAAAUUUAACAGGACAUGAGUCUUGAAUCACAGAAUUUGCCAUUCUAACUCUUAUGCCCCAACUACUGUUUAACUGAAAAUGCUUCCAGUAUUAACACAAUAACAACACUGUCAUAAUUAAACAGCUCUGCCAGAGUGUGUUUUAUAUUGCAGAAGUGAUGGGCAAAAGAUAAUGGAAGUGACAUACAAAAAGAGAUGGAAACAGAGUGUUUACAGUCCUAACAUGAUACUAAUGUUAGGAUGUUCCAUGACUGACUUCUGUGGCUAUAUGUGUCUAACUCUUUUUCUAUAUGCUGUUACAUGGUGUUAUUCUUACUGACUUGUGAUAGUUUAAUGCUGAAAAACAAACCUGCCAUAUUGUAUGUCUAUGUAAUAUUUUAUCCUUCUGUCUGACAUUGUAAUUCAUGCAUUUUCUUUUCCUUUGACUCUGAAAAGCUCAUCUUAACCUGCUAACAUGAGAGAAUUACUACUACUAUUACUACCUAUACACUGUGUGCACAUUUGCAUGUUUGUACAAUUUGUUGCUUUGUACAGUUUAUUUACCAUUCAAAGUUACAGUAACCUGAGGAGCAGUGACUCUCACAAUGAUGCUUGUAUCUCUUUACAGUGUGAAAACACUUCAUUAUUCCUGAAACAACUUAUGUUAAUCAACUGUAUAAUUAACUUAAUCUAACACCUGGAGUGACAUAAAUAAAGUUCAAUCUGUUGUCAGUAUUGCAAAGUUUAGAAGAGGCUUUUCACAAUGAAUAACGAUAGAGUUAAGGACACAAGUCAGAAACAAGUCAGCAGUUUGGUCAGAUUAUCUAAACUACUUUAUUUGGGAUUAAAAGCUGUAAAGGUUCAUGUAUACUUCUGUGCUGCAUUGGUACCAUAGCUACGGCAUAGGUAUUGCAUAGCUGUGGACAUUGUAACCUGACAUACACCUACCUAGAACUGCAACCACAUGUUGUAGCAACACUGUUCAUUAUAAUCAGAUAGUACUUAGUCAGUAGAGAACUCAGGCUGAGAGGAGAUUUUCAUUAAUUCAAUCCAUCAUAGAUCACUGUCACAAUUUUGUUAAGUUAUCAACAACCUUGUUUGUCUAUAACAUAACCUCUCCUGGUGACUGCACUUGUUGAAAUACGUCUGUAUUACAGUGUACAACUACUGCUGAGAUACAAUGUACACCAAAAUCAAAAUAAAUAAAUAAAGCUCCACCUUUU